UGGACUUUAAGAUUAAAACACACGCGCGUUUAACUGUCGUCAAUGCACUGCCGGUAUAAAUAAAAUAAAUUAACUCAAAAAUUAACAACCCAAAAUGGCUCAAAUCGACGAUAAUGAGCAAAAUGAUCCCGAAUCGAAGAAAACACUUUUGGAUAAACAAAAAUCCGUUGAUCCACAGGAAGUGAAGCGUAUUUUAAAGGAAAUGCCUUUAACGGAAGAUACAACCUGUGGAUUUGGAUGUGUGAAAGGAUCUUUUCUACAAAGAUUUGCAAACCAAACAUCGUAUGUAAUUAUUUAUGGUCUUGUCGGCUGUGUUUUCUCCAUGACAAAUUCAUAUUUUCAUGGCACAAUUUCCACAUUGGAAAAACGUUUCAAAAUUCCCUCUCGUAACACGGGCAUGAUUAUGAUUGGCAAUGAUUUGAGCCAGGUGUUGUGUUCGGCAGUUUUGGGCUACUAUGCUGGUAAAAAACAUCGUCCACGUUGGAUGGGUUUCGGACUCCUAACAUUGAUUGCUUUUUGUAUGCUCACCGUAACGCCACACUUCAUUUAUGGUCCCGGUGAGGAUGCCCUGAGUCUGACCAAGGAAUAUGGAGGUGUGAGCGAUAUAAAUAUAUCAAUGCAAGAUUUGGAAGAGCAAAGGAAAAAAAUUCUCUGUCGCAAUGAUGGCACCGGUGUUGAGUGUGAAGUACGAGAGGGUAGUUUGUUACCACAAAUUUUACUAUUUAUUGCCCAAUUUGUUGCUGGCGUGGGUGGGUCAUUGUACUAUUCCCUGGGUGUGUCGUAUAUGGAUGAUAAUACCGAAAAGGCCAAGGCGCCAGCUAUGUUGAGUAUAUCCUAUUUCUUUGGUCUGUUGGGACCCUCACUGGGCUAUACUUUGGCCUCCUUAUGCCUACGGGUGUAUAUAGCACCGAACUUAACACCCAUCAUUAAUAUGCGUGACUCCCGUUGGUUGGGUGCCUGGUGGAUGGGUUGGCUAAUAACAGCCGGUCUCCUUUUCUUUUUUGGCCUCUUCAUGUUUAUGUUUCCCAAAGAACUGCCCAUGACAGCUGCCCGUCGAAAGGCUCAAAAUCUUCGAGCAAAAGAAGAAAAUAUGGGUGUAUCUGUGGAACAGAUACAACGAAAGACCUCCUUCAUGGAUAUGUUGAAAACAUUCAAGCUCUUCUAUAAGAGUAAAAUUAUUCGCUGCAAUAUUUUAUCGAACACCUUCUAUUUCUUUGGCUAUACCCCAUAUUGGAUAUUCACUGCCAAGUAUAUAGAAAUUCAGUAUCGGCAAUCGGCUUCUACGUCAAGCAUGGCUACCGGUACGGUGGCGCUAGUCUUCUCAGCUGUUGGUGUUUUACUCUCCGGCGUUGUCAUAUCAAAAUUUAAGCCAUCCGCACGUUAUCUGGCCGCAUGGAAUAUUUUGGUCGAUAUUGUAACACUGACCGGUAUGAUUAUCUAUAUUUUUAUCGGCUGUGCUGCAAAUGAUAAUUCCUUAAUAAAUAACCCCAACGAAAGUGUUCUGAAUACAACAUUGAGCUGCAAUAGUGUUUGCCAUUGUGAUUAUGUGCGUUAUAUGCCGGUAUGUGGUGAAGACCAGAGGACGUACAUAUCACCAUGUCAUGCUGGAUGUAAGGGCGAGUAUAUGGAUGCCAAGGGGGUUAAGAGCUACUAUGACUGUUCCUGUAUUCCAACGGUGUCAAAUCACACAUUAAAUACAAAUCCACUUUUUGAAUUGGUAACUAUGGCGGACCUGAACAAUUCCACAAUGAAUGGAAAUAAUUUAUCCUUGGGCACUGGAGGCCAAGCAAUGGCUGGAGCUUGCCCCGUCAAUUGUUCCAAUCAAUUCAUUUCAUUCCUGGUGGUAAUGUGUACCAUUAAAUUCUUUGCUGCCACAGGAAGAGCUGCCAAUAUGUUGAUCACCAUGCGUUCUGUGGCUCCAGAGAAUAAAUCGGCCCUUAUGGGCUUCGGCAUGAUGUUCAUAUCGCUAGUGUGCUUUGUACCAGGUCCCAUUCUCUUUGGCUGGAUAUUCGAUAAGAAUUGUCUAGUUUGGGGUAAAACUUGUACGAAUAAAGGCAAUUGCUGGCUAUAUGAUUCGGCAAAUUUGAGACUAAGUCUAAAUGUGGUGGGUAUUUUCUUCAUAACUAUCAGCACAAUAUGCAAUGGUGGCGUAUGGUACCAUGUGAAACAUUUGAAAGUGUUCGACGAUGAGGAAGAUGACGUCGGUAAAGAAAUGAAAAUUGUUGCCUCAAAUAAUGCCCUUAACAGGCACGAAAAUGAAUAAACCGCAAAAAAACUUCACAAUGAAGUAUUUCUAUUUAAAAUGGAAUAAAUUUCAUAGACUCCUGUUGAUUAAUAAAAUAA